UCUAGUGUAUUCACCGUAUUAGCGUAAGUAAAGAAAUGUGGUGGUCACCAGGUCUGUUUCCAGAAAUGGAGUUUCCUGACGUUUAUAGAUCUUAGUCGUGGACAUAUAAAGGAUUGUUCCCCAGACUUCUCCAUUGGGGUAUUUCCCUAGACACCGUGCUUCAAUCUUCUGGCUGGGACGAAUUCGGAAGACGCAAAUAGGCCAGACCAGCGAGUCUUUGCAGGCAACACAGGCCAACUACAGCGGUCAUCUUCCCAACACGAACCAAUUUUCACCAUGACUGUCAUGGCUAUUCCGCGGCGUGAGGAGCAGGCCGGCAAGGCAUGGCCUGCCAUCGCCAUCGGCUGUUUCGUGGCAUUUGGUGGUGUUUUGUUUGGCUAUGAUACUGGUACCAUCAGUGGUAUCCUUACCAUGCCGUACUGGCGCGAGCUCUUCUCCACCGGCUACGUGAACGCCGCCGGUGAGCCAGACGUAACGCCUUCACAAUCGUCUGCAAUCGUCUCUAUUCUAUCCGCUGGAACAUUCUUCGGUGCUCUUGGUUCUCCCUUCCUUGCCGAUACCAUUGGUCGACGAUGGGCCUUGAUCGCUUCGUGCUGGGUUUUCAACCUUGGCGUCGCCCUACAAACUGCAGCAACUGCUAUCCCUCUAUUCCUUGCUGGCAGAUUCUUCGCAGGUUUUGGAGUUGGUCUCAUCUCUGCCCUCAUCCCCUUGUACCAAAGUGAGACUGCCCCGAAAUGGAUCCGAGGUGCUAUCGUCGGUGGCUACCAGUUUGCCAUCACUAUCGGUCUACUUUUGGCCGCUAUUGUGAACAACUCCACUCAGAACCGUGACGACUCCGGUAGCUACCGGAUCCCAAUCGCCAUUCAGUUCGCCUGGGCCAUCAUCCUGAUUGUUGGUAUGCUGUUGCUUCCUGAGACCCCGCGGUUCUUGGUCAAGCAAGGAAAGCAGGAACAGGCUGCCCGCGCUCUCGGCCAACUGCGAAGACUUCCAGCAGAUCACCCUGCCAUUGCCUCUGAGUUGGCAGAGAUUCGCGCCAGCCACGAAUAUGAGCUCAGCCUUGGCCAGGCCAGUUACAUCGACUGCUUCCGUGGACCGAUGAUCAAGCGCCAGCUUACUGGUAUGGGUGCGCAAGCUCUACAGCAGCUGACAGGUAUCAACUUCAUCUUCUACUACGGAACACAAUACUUCAAGAACUCAGGUAUCGAGAACCCUUUCAUCAUCUCUGUCAUUACUUCAGUCAUCAAUGUCGUGUCCACCCUUCCCGGCUUGUGGGCCGUCGACAAAUUCGGCCGUCGCCCGCUUCUCCUUUGGGGUGCCAUUGGCAUGUGCAUCGGACAUCUCGUAGUCGCCGUCAUUGGUACUACCACCACUGGACAGGAUUCCAUGGGUAACAUCAUUGUCUACAACGUGACUGCCCAGAAGGCUAGCAUUGCCUUUAUCGCCAUCUUCAUUUUCUUCUUUGCAUCUACCUGGGGUCCCCUCUGCUGGGUCGUUACGGGCGAGAUCUUCCCAUUGAAGACCCGAGCAAAGAGUUUGAGUUUGACAACUGCCUCCAACUGGCUUCUCAACUUCAUUAUCGCCUUCGUCACCCCUUACUUGGUUGAUUAUGGCCCGAACUACGCCAACCUGCAGUCCAAGGUCUUCUUCAUCUGGUUCGGUGCCUGCUUCCUCUGUAUUGCCUUCGUGUACUUCUACAUCUACGAGACAAAGGGCUUGUCCCUUGAAGAGGUCGACGAGAUGUACAAAGAGUGCAAGAACGCUCGCGAGAGUCUCACCUGGACUCCCUCUUCUGGCUUCCGUCAGAGGCACGAAGCUUCGUCUCAUGGGGAGAGCAAUGAGAAGCCUGGCCUAGACGAGGCUAUUGUGCAGCACUCUGAUGGAACGGCAACACCUUGAUAGAGUAUUUGUAAACCUAGCUCUACGGAACGAGCAUUAUAUAGCAGCAAGACUUAGGCUCUUGUAAUUUUAGAAGUGCUUUUGAUGUUCUUCAAAUUGAUCAAAAAGGUUAUGAACUAGUUACCAUUGCAUUUACACUUCCUUGAUUACAAUAGUAUAAUACAACCAGCUUUAGGUUCUUCAAGGGUG